GGUUAUGUUUACUAGCUUAUUUGUUUUGACAAGCGUUAGGACUUUGAUCACCACUAAUGACACUAAUUUUAUGAGGAUGAGGUAAUUGGCUUGUUCGUUUGUGGAGUUAGUGAGGGCUAUAUCAAUCUUUGUUGUUUGUUAAAAGCAACAUUAUUUUAUUUGAAAUGCAAUAGGCCUACUAAUUUGAGAAAAACUUUAAAAACUAACUCUAAAUUUGUAGUACUUUUAUUUCUACCUUUUGGUUAAUUUAAUUUAAGAUGAUUUCUUUGUUAUGUAAUGUUUUUGUAGGUAUUUUCCUUAUAGUUAAUAUUAAACAGGGAGAUUCAUUAUAUGUCUUCAAAACCAAGUACUUUGAUACUAAGUUAGAUCAUUUCAACUUUUUAUCCAAUGCUACAUUUAAGCUUCGUUAUCUUAUCAAUGAUACUUACUGGUCUCCAAAAUCGGACUCUCCAAUUUUUUUCUACACUGGCAAUGAAGGUGACAUCACAGUUUUUGCCCAAAAUACUGGGUUUAUGUGGGAAAUUGCUCCAGACUUCAAGGCUCUUAUUGUAUUUGCAGAACAUCGCUAUUAUGGAGAAUCGUUACCAUUCGGCAAUAAGUCUCGAGAACCUGAACAUCUCGGCUACUUGUCCUCGUCCCAAGCCCUUAUGGACUAUGUGGAACUCAUUGCUGAACUGAAGCAGAAUAAACAAGACAACAGACACCCGGUCAUUGUGUUUGGAGGCUCCUAUGGGGGCAUGUUGGCUGCCUGGAUGCGUAUGAAGUACCCCGGGACGGUUGCAGGGGCAAUUGCUGCAUCUGCACCAAUAUGGCAGUUUACUGACAUGACACCGUGCAACGUGUAUAACAGAGUCCUAACCUCAGCAUUUAGUCUGGCCUCCCGCAGAUGCAGUGAUAACAUCCGCAAGUCAUGGAAAGCUAUUGACAACAUCACUAAGACUGAUGAUGGGAAAUCAUGGUUGAAUAACACGUGGAGGCUCUGCAAGCCUAUCAAAACUUCACAAAAUGUGUCCACAUUGAAGGACUACCUCAACGAUAUGUAUAGCAACCUAGCCAUGGUGAACUAUCCCUACCCUGCGACUUUCCUGGCAGAUCUUCCACCCUAUCCAGUCAGGGCCUUCUGUGAAAAUUUACGGUAUGAAGACCUGGAAGGAACGAAACUCUUGACUGCAUUAUUCGCUGGUGUCAGUGUUUACUUCAACUAUACUGGAAAAGCCAAGUGUCUGGACUACUCUGGUGCUUAUCAACAGGGUCUUGAUGAUACACUGUGGCAAUACCAGGCGUGCACAGAAAUGGUGAUGCCAAUGUGUGCUGACGGCAGGUACGACAUGUUUGAGCCCUCAGAAUGGAAUCUCACAGAGUACGCACAAAAUUGUUACAAAGCGUACAAAGCCACACCUCAGCCUUGGCUUGUCAAAAACUUAUAUGGCGGCAAAAAUAUUCAUACUGCAUCGAACAUUAUAUUCAGUAAUGGCCUACUAGACCCUUGGUCCAGCGGAGGUGUUCUGCGUAACGUAUCAGCUACUGCACAAGCUAUCAUCAUGCCUGACACUGCGCACCACUUAGAUCUGCGCAGCUCAAAUCCUAACGAUCCCAUGUCUGUUAUCAUUGUACGCAGAUACUACCGCUACAUAAUCCGUUACUGGAUUUCACAGUGACUUUACCAUCACAAAUAUUAAUAAAGGGUUUCUAUUAUAAUAAA